AUGGCCAACCCCGCAACGGACCCCAAGGCGGCACCGCUCGCCGACGAGCUGAAAGAGCUCGCGCUUUCGCUCCCGACAACCGUCUUUCCAAAGAACUUCUUUUGCGCCCUUUGCAACCAGCUUGCAUUCGACUCAUACAAACUAAUCUGUUGCGCCAAGUCAAUCUGCUCAUCAUGUCAAGGAAACCUCCAGUUCCCGACGACGUGUCCAUCAUGCGACCACUCACCACUCGAAGCCGAAUCGUGCACAGUGAAUAAAUCUCUCCGCAAUACGAUGCGAGUGUGGCUACAAAAGCAGAAGAAGAAGGAAGAGGCCAAAGCCGCGGCACAGGCAGCUACCCCGCCCGUGGAGGUUACACCAGCUGCGUCUGAGGUACAGCCGGUUGGCGAUGGUGCAGAAAAGCCCGUAGACAGCGUUGAGGAUACACCAAAGGCAGAGGACAACGCUGCUGAACAAGCUGCCGGUUCUGCGGAGAACGCGGAAGAGGCUGGACAGCGCGCUGGCUCUGCCUCGGCCCAACCGAAUGAGGACAACCCCUCUCUUGAGAACAAGACUGAGCGACGCGGUAGCACCGCCUCCCAGAACGCGACCAAAAGCACCGAACCUGCUGCUGCAGACGGAGUGUCCGACGAGCAAAAAAAUACGAAUGGAGCAGAUGGCAUGAUGGGCAACAACCCGGCGCUGAACGGUAUGCAAGGUCAAAUGGGGUUUGGCUUUCCCAACCAGGGUGGCUUCAACAAUGGUAUGGCCUGGAACGGCAUGCCCAACAUGAUGGCCAACGGUGGCUGGAACGGCAUGAAUCCUAUGGACUUCAACAGUAUGAACGGCAUGUACGGCAACUUUGGAGGGAACAUGAGCAUGGGCAUGAACGACAUGUCUGCCAUGAACAUGAUGCAAUAUGGUGGCGGCUAUGGCAAUGGGUGGAAUGGCAUGGGCGGUGGUUAUGGAAACUUCAGCGGGCCCAAUCAGAUGGGUGGCUAUAAUCAAUCUGGAGCAUAUCCCGAGAUGAUGAACCAAUUCCCCAAGAAUAAUUUCCCAAACCAGAACCAGAAUCGUUUCCAUGCCAAUCAAGGAGGAGCACAUCCUCAGCGAAACAACAGGAAUGGCAGCCAAGGUGGCUUUGGUCCUGGUUUCCAGACAGCGCCAGGUCGUGCGGGCAGCCACGGCGGUCCUUUGCAAAACGUACGUUCAACCCAUCAACAAAACUCACCGAACCCGUACAAGGGAAUCGGCAUAACUUGGAAAUCGAAAACUGACGCGAUUCGUCCUACGCAGCGUGACGGCCAGUCGCCUGAUGGUCUCGCUAAUGCUGCCCCUGAGGUCAAGACUGAGGGUGAGCAGCCGAAAGCGUCCGCAGAGCCAACUGAGGAAGGUAAAGAGACCGUGGACGGUGGUCUAGUAUCGGUUGAACAGCAGACUUCUGCAAACAGCGUCGGCGCUGGCGCCGUGAGCGAAGCUGCUGGCGAUGAUACUAACCAAGCAGGCGAUGGUGUACAGGAUGAGGCGCAAGAUGAUGGUCUGAAGCCUAUACAGACCGUAGACUCUGGCGAUCCAGACAUGCAGGAGUACGACCAAUCCAUGAUGGGCCAUGGCAUGCCAUACACCCAAGGAAUGAUGAAUCAGUUCCCGGAUCAGCACAUGAAUGCACCCUUCAAUCCCAGCAUGAACAUGAACAUGGGAUACAAUGGCAACUAUGGUUCUCGUGGCGGCUUCAAUAACGGUGCGUAUGGCGCUGCAACGGUUCUGACAGGCCAGCCAACGGAACCUAUUGGUGUUGGCGUUGUAGGCGCGCCAACUGGACCACGUGCGAUGAGAGAAGGUCGACCCAACACUGGCUUUUCGAGUCGUAUGAACAGCGGACGAUAUGGACCACCGCCACCACCACCCAAGAGCGUAUCAUCUACCCAAGAUGCGGCACCUGGCAGCCCUCAGCGAAGAGUCCGAUCGCGGUCUCCUCUACGUGAUGAGAGCAUGCGCGUUAAGGAACGCUCACCAACGCGCUCUCGGUCAAGAUCACGAGUAAGGGAUGAUGAUAGGGAUGCGCAGCGUCCGCGAUCACGUUCUGCGGACCGUCAAUCUCGCCGCGAUGACCGCGGUAGAUCCGCCACGCCAGUAGACGAUGACUAUGAAGACCGCAAAGACCGCAAGCACCACCGGUCGUCACGCUAUGACGAUCGUGAACAGGAAUAUGAUGAUCGAUACCGCGAUGAGAAGGGUAGUCGGGGUGACCGUACACGAACUGCAUCAGCAGAUUCCAAGUAUCGCAGCAGCCGCCGCGACAAAGACAAGCACCGUUCAUCGCGAUCACACCGCGACCGAAGCAAGGAACACCGUCGUCGCCACCGCUCCCGGUCACCUCGUGAGGAAGACAAAUACGAGGAUGAGGAGGCGUACGUCAAUGGUGAAAAAGAUUCUGAUGGCAGCUCACGUCGUAAACAUAGGAGUGGGCGCGACCGAUCACGCGACAAGGAGCGUGAGCGAGACCGCAAGGAUCGUAAAGAGCGAGAUCGCGACUAUGACUAUGAUCGUGAGAAGGAUCGCUCUCGCGACAAAGACAAGGACCGUAGGCGGCGCCGCGAUCGCGAAGCUGAAGAUGAAGAGCGCGACUACGAUGACGACAAGUACCGCUCUUCACGUCGUAGCCGCAAAGACCGAGACCGCGAGCGACGAGACUACGAUGACCGUGAGCGCAAAGACAAGCCAUCCCAAUCGGAGAAGGAGGAAGAUGUUGUUGGUCAAAUGAUGAAGAAACGCGCAGUAUCCCCACCUUUGAAUGCGCCGACAGGACCCUCAGCAAAUGGCUUCAGCAUCAAGGGUCGCUCGAAGAACACCGUCAUGCCUCCACCGGCUCAACCUCCAACCGGCCCGCGAGGCUUUCAGCCACCCAAGGGUCCGGCUGCUGAUCGUAAUAAAGAACGUAGUGGAGAUGCGAGGGAUCACCGUCGCAAGAGCAGUGUCAGCUCGGCGACGAGUACCCCAACUGGCUCUUCAUCAAAAGAGAAGGAAACAUCCCAAGACCACUAUGCCGCUGAACGAGAGCGCAACGCCCGGGAGCGGGAUAGUCGUGAACGCGUUGAAAAGCCUUCCGGCUCUAGCAAGUCUCUCCACUCGCGCAUCUCCCCGACAUCUCGCCCCGCGCUGUCUAGUAAGCGCAGCAGAGACGAUUUCGAUGACGAGGCCUCUGUACCAAAGGGUCCCAAAGCCGAUGUGAAACCUCCUACAGGUCCCGCAUCCCAUCGCGACAAGCGUAGGAAGUCUGGAGCAACAGGUGACGAUAACAUUGCCAACCUCUUCACAGCUGGUCUGCGCAAGAAUGCGAAGGCUCGUCGUGGUGGUGUGAGGACCGAAGGAGAUGUCGAGCGCGAAAUGAUGGAGCGCGAGCGCGAGCGCCGGUAG